AUGGCACACUUCGAGGACCUCAGGCAGGCUGCCUUCCAGGCCGAGAAGGACCUCAACUCUUAUCAGGCCAAGCAGGGUCUCGGCAAGAAGAGUGACUCAACUCUCGAGUCCGGUGUCGAUGAGAUGGUCGACAAGAAAUUCUCCGAGCCCACUGGCCUGAAGUACGGCCCUGGCUCGACUGCCUCCGGUAGCGACCACCGCAAGAUCCCCGAGGAUGAGGGUGGCACUCGUGACGACCGUAACAGACUCCCCAAGGCCGAACACUUCCAGGGCUCCGGCGGCCCCGAGACCAGCGUGAAGCAAGACUCCGAGAACCGCCCCGGUGACCAGGACGCCUUGAACUUGCAGGAUAUGAAGCGCCGCGGUAUUGCCUCAUAA